GGCUAAAUUUAUUCCUUUUUAUCAUUAAGGAAAUGUGUGUGUGUUUGUGUGUUAGUGGACUGGCUUUUCAGGGCACACUUUAUUUUAUUUCAUUUUGACUUUUAAAACAGCGAGCUACAUCAGUGUUCACUUUAUCAGUGGAGCUUUUAGUGUUAGAGUUCAGUAACUCUGUCCAUUUUUAAAAAGUUCUCCUGUUCCUCUUGUCUUGUGCAGAUGGUUAGACGAAGCCCUCGGUUGGCGGCACGGAGAUGCAGCCCACCUGAUGACGUCAGAAUCUCUUCAGGACAAAGGAUGGUCAGGAGAAAGAGAACCGGCAAGCAGGAAGUGGAUGGAGCUUGUAGCUCCCCUGUCACCACAUUCAGUAACAUUAGUAACAGCAGAAACAGGGAAUCUCUCAUUCCGAACACAACCCGUGCCCUUAGGAAGCUCUGUUUUUGGCUCACCACUGUGUGGGACUGUCUGAAGCUUGUAAUCGCUUCCACACUUCUGGAGUUUCUUUGCACUUUUCUUCUCAACAGUGUGGUCAGGUGGAGUAGAAAGAGAAACCAGAAAGGGGGCGGGGCAUGUAACACGGUCAGCAACACUGGCAUUGGCCCCACUCAGAACUCGGCCUGGACCCUUGUGAUGCAUUAUACAGGGCACUUAAUUUUGUGGCAUGGUCUGAAGUUUGGAAUCACUAGCCUUGUUGACGGCAGACUCACUGCAUAUGUGAAGAAGUGUGUCGUCCUCUUCCUGCUGCUUUUCGGUGUGUGUUGCGUGUACAGACACACACAGAUGGAGAACGAGAUGAAGUUUCUAAAACAGACUGUAGAAAAUCAGAAGCUUGAGUAUAAGAUGCUGCAAAAAGAUAUGCAGGAGCUGUUGAUUCGAAUGAGGAGUGUCGAAUCGGACAUGUAUAAACUACACAUGGCCUCUGAACACCUGAGGAUCAAAGUCGACACCAAGAAGUCUGAGAUCAUAAAGGAAGCUGAACACAUUGUGCACAUGGCCAUGAGCCUCCACAGGGCCGAUGGGAUUGGAAUGGCCGAGUUUGCCCUGGAGUCUUCAGAGACAUGCAUCAAUCCAACCCAUCAUAGUCUUUUUGGAUUCCCUCUGCAGCACCCCAACAGCCCUAACACUAUUAUACAGGCAAUGGACAGUGAGGAAGAGGAAGAGGAAGAGCUCAGGACAUUUACCUGAGACCAGGAGGGAGAACCCAUCCAGACCCUCAAACGUCUGGGCUCUCUGAGUGAGGUGUACGGGCUGGUGGAGCUGUAAUUGGGGGUCAACUUGUAUACACCUGCGUGUAUUGCUUCAGGCUCCACAGCCAGCCAAGGAGCAGGUAAAAAAAUGAAAUGAAGUGGGUAAGGAAUGAGUAAGCAGGUAAAAGAAAGAAAAAGGACUACAAAAAAAAAGACUACAAAAAAAAAAGACUACAAAAAAAAUUAAGCAGGUGAAAAAGGGAAAUUAAAAAAAUAACCCAAACAAACAAACAAACAAACAAAAAAAACCCCCACCAAAACAAACAAAACAAAACAACAAACAAACAAACAAACCAAAAACAACAAAAAAACAAACAAACCAAAAACAACAAAAAAACUAGAAGUAAGCUGGUAAGAAACAGGCAAGCAGGCAAAAGAAAGAAACAAACAACAAACCCAAAAGAUAAAAACAAAAGUGAAAAUGAACAAAAAAACUAAAAACAAGACAAAAAUAAAACAAACAAACAAAUAAAUAAAUAAAUAAAUGAAUAAAUAAGUCUUUGUGUGUAUUUCAUAAGGUUAUAAUUUGGGAUCUAGAGGUCUUCAUCAAGUUCAUCAUAUUUUUCCAUCAGCUUUAUUAAACCUCGAGAUCAAAAACUCAUUAUUUCUGUGGAACUCUUCAGAACUGACCAUCAUCCGGAUCACGAACGAUGCUGUAGCGUUCGUCUCCCCGGAAGCAGAGGUGUGAGACGCGUUGCUCUCGAGGAUGUGUCUUAAUGGAGGAUGGGUUUAAUACAUUAGAAGGCACAGAUUUGUAAGCUGGAACCCAAAACCCUGCUGCAGGAUCCACUAGAUAGUAGACUAGGCUACUAUCUGCACUUCUUCCUCUUGACCACCAGAUGGCUCCAGCGCACAGUGUAAUGAAAUCACACACUCGGGUCGUGAUGACGCAGAAACAUCACGUUAUGAAACUUGAGUGCCGCGGUUAUAAAAUACAAACUUUUGUCAUAACAUAAAUAUUCAAGAAGUCUGUUUUUGUAAAUAGUAUUGAGUAUGGUGGUCUAAAGGAAACAUUUACACGCAAUUUUUCUGAAAGAUUGCUAAAUGAGGCCCAAAAUCGAAGAGAUGGCUGGACAGAGGAAGCUGUAAAGACCACUCGUCUCUGCAACGGUCAAUUUGUUUAGCUAAGAAAUCUAGCUAACUAUCAAUCAUUAGACAGAUAAAGCAACAAAAAAGUUUCUUUUUGAA